GCGGGCUGCGGGCAGGCGGCCGGUGCGCGCGCACUACUGCCGCCAAUACUCCGCGACCCGCCAUCGCUGGCGAGCGCGCGCCUACACCAGCUAUCGACGCGUCCGUCAAAACGUAUCGCGCACACCCGAUCCCACGUCGUUCGUAUAUUAUGACUUAAAAAUCACCAUACGUCCGCUUUAAGUGAUAAUUUAUAAAAAGCUUUCUACUACGCCAAUCAACGAUUCAAUACAAAGAAAUAAGUGCUGAAGAAUUAGUUUUCACAUGUGAUGGUUACUCCAAGGGCGUUCGUGUGAUGGGAGGGUUAUUGCGGUGAGGCGAGGUGUGCGGGGUGAGCGGGCAUGUGGGCGCGCGGGGCGCGAGCGCUGCGGCGCGGCGUGCUGCUGCUGCCGCUGGCGUUGACAGCGCUGGCGCUGCUGCUGCUGCCGCGCCCGCCACCGCUGGCCGCGCCAUCGCGGCUGCCCUCGCCUCCACCCACCAGGGAUGAACCACGACUUCAGCUAACUGAACCUGUAGAGGAAGUGGAGCGCGUUGUCGGCGAGCCGUCGCAGCGGGAAUGGUUCCUGCGCGGCGGUGAACGGCGACCGCGCCGGCACGACCCCAAGGCAAAAGUCUUCCCAGAAGAUGCACCCGGCGAUGAUAGGAUCUACGAGCAGCUUAUGUAUACAUUGCCGUCGGAUGAAGAUGUACCGAUGAAGAGAAUCCUACUUGCAAACGGUCUGGGCACGUGGGGAGUGUCCGGCGGCCGGACGGAGUUUAUCCGGAACAAGUGUCCAGUAGACCGCUGCACGCUUACCGCGGAUACCAGGGAAGCGGCGACCGCUGACGCCAUCUUGUUCAAAGACCAUCAUACUCCUUUCAACGUCAAUCGUCCUAUUAAUCAGAUCUGGAUCCUGUACUACUUGGAAUGUCCUUACCACACGGCGUCGUUGCGGCCGGCCUCGCUCGAUGUCUUCAAUUGGACAGCCACGUACAGGCGCGACUCGGAUAUUGUGGCGCCCUAUGAACGCUGGCACUACCACGACCCACGUGUCACUGACAACCAGCUCGAUAGGAACUAUGCCGCUAACAAGACUAAAAAGGUAGCGUGGUUUGUAUCGAACUGUCACGCACGAAACCGUCGACUGCAAUACGCACGCCAACUUGCGAAGCACAUCUCAGUGGAUAUUUACGGCGCGUGCGGCUCCCGGCAUUGCCCGCGCGCAGACCCUAACUGUCUAGAAAUGCUGGAUAAUGACUACAAGUUCUAUUUAGCAUUCGAAAACUCUAAUUGUCGGGAUUAUAUCACUGAGAAGUUCUUCGUUAAUGGAUUACAGCACAACGUACUGCCGAUAGUGAUGGGCGCGCGACCGGCGGAGUACGCAGCGGUAGCGCCACAUAACUCCUACAUACACGUGGAGGAGUUCGCCGGCCCCGAGGAACUCGCUGCCUACUUGCACCGACUGGACGAAGAUGAUAACUUGUACAACUCUUACUUCAAAUGGAAGGGUACAGGUGAAUUUAUAAACACGUACUUCUUCUGUCGCGUGUGCGCGAUGGUGCACGCGAACGCACGCCGGCAACGCAGCGCUCACUACGCGGAUGUGCAGGCGUGGUGGCGCGGCGCCGCCUGUACACGCGGCGAAUGGCGCGCACCCGCUAGAGACCUCGUCUAGUACACAAUUACCAUCUGCACUAAGCUAACUUGAACCUAGGCCAUCUACUGCUAACAACUCUCCCACAGGCAAGCAGGUGGACCUAGUUUAUAUAACAGAAUUGCAGUGAAAAUAGUUGCAAAGUCGGACCUAACCUAUACAAGUAAAUCCAUCUAUAUACAUAUGUAUAAAAUAACAUACAAGAUGUAUCCUACACUACACAGUGACCUAAUGGUUGCAUUCGGUCAAACCUGGGCAACACACAAACAUGCAACACGCACAAUGUUUUGAUUUUUUAAAAGGUAUUCUUGUGACGACUCACAAAUUGACAAACAAUUUAAGCAAAUA